CACCACAAGCAAAGAAUUAAGAAUCUGAUACCCGAUAUGAUGAUGCGUGGUGCAGCAUUACGAAAUAUACCAGGUUGGAGCAAGCUUUCAAACGGCGCACUCAUUCUUGUGUUUGCUUCGGUACCAACGUAUCUAAGCGGCACCCCGUCUAUCUACGCCAGAUGCAUCUUCCUCACCCGUCCAUCUGACCAAUCCACUGCACGUCCUAUUUGCAAGCAUGUGUUAAACCAUUCCAAGAUUGACAGACAUCCCGGCUGGUGUUCUAGAUGUUGUGGUCAAGAGAGAGUGAAAUCUGAAGCUUCACUGCUGCUACCUACACAAGUUCCCAGGAGGAAAUACAGAGCUGCUGAUUCAUCAGGCAACAUGUAUGGGCACGGAUGCGGCUGCUGGCCUAGCUUGUGCAACUAAACAAGGCCUGCGGCCGGCCUACUAACUUGGGAACCGGGCUGCGGAUCUCUGUUUAUCGUUACAAUAAUGGAGCUAAUCGAGAUCAAGGCAGACAACAUUGACGGUGCCGCAGAGGAGAUAAUUCGUUUUCUUGAGGCCAGCAAUAAUGCAGAUGUGACAUACUUCAAUGGCUGGUCUGGACUGGGGGCAUCUGCUGUCCUCAAAGUGGUCGCCAAACGACUCAAAGCAUCAUUGUCAAUAGCGUCGUCUGCUACUGCAACUGCGACGGGCUUCAACAAGAUCAUCCACAUAGACUGCUCGCUCUGGCAAAGCAAGCGGGCCUUGCAGAAGGCGAUUGGAGUGGAGUUGGGGCUCCCACUGCGGGUGUUGGCCAUCUUCGACCAGCGUGACAAGGAAGAUGAUUUUGAUGGGGUUAAGAAAGGUGAUAGAAGCAUGAUACCAGAGUUAACGAGGGAAAUUUACAAUGAUCUUAAGAACAGCAGAUUCCUGGUGGUCUUCCACAAUGGGAGUGGCAGCUACAUUGAUUUACGAGACUUCGGUGUUCCAAUAAUAGGCAAUUUGAGCAUGAGGGUGUUGUGGACCUCCCAGGGCAGGUUCCGGCUUCAGGGCAUACAAGAGGAGGAUGUCAAGAAGUUGGCUGGGUUGAGCAAUGUUGCUAUAUCUGCUGAUCUGUUGACCGACCAUAUACUUGAUAGUGUUGCCCACCUGCUGCAGACAGAGGCAGAGGAGGUUGUCAAAAACCCUAGCCUCACUGAAUCUGACAUGAGCCCCAAGAUUGUAAUGGAGUGCAUUUUUUAUAUAGCAUUGAGAGGUGGUGAUGGCAUUGACUGGUUUACUCAUGCUUCCAACUAUUGGGUAUGUGAUGGGAUCAUACAAACUGGCACUGAUGAUGGUCAUAAAUCAGCAUGGGAUACCAGUGAAGCCUUGCACGAGAACAUGCGCAUGGACAACUGGCAUCAAGUUUGGGAAGUGAACAUCCGUGAUGCCAUUGGAUUGUUAUUUGGUGAUGAAGAGUGUAGGCCUACUGACCGCUGGUUUUCAGCUACCCGCCAAUAUCUAGAACAGAAGAAGCAGGGGGGUGGAACAGUGCCACCUCAGGCAACAUCUUUCUUCUGGACAGCAGCUGGACCAAUUAGUGAUGCAAUGCCGAUAUUGGAAGGUAGCAUGUUUGGAUCUUCAGACAGGAGCUUGCUUCGUGUGAUACAUCUCUCCCACUGCACCUUCAGUUUCUCAUGCCACCCGUUCAGCAGUUGCAACAACAUAAGAUUCCUCCUGCUUGACCACUGCAAAGACAUGGAUGCAGCUGCAGGUGACCGUGGUGAGGGAAAGCAUCAUCAUAGUCAGGGGAGCCAUGAUGAUGGAUCAUGUUUCCGGAAGCUAUGGGUGCUCGACUUGAGUUAUACAGAUUGGUAUUGGUUGCUCUCAGAAGAGAUGAUGGAUCUAAUGGUUGACCUCAGGGAGUUGAAUGUGAAGGGAGUGAAGAAUUGGAGCAUAAGCAACCUAUGUCGUCGUGGCAGUGGAACAAACACCCAUAGGCUGAUCAAGCUUUGUAAGAUCCGAGUGAUAGUUGAAACAUCAGGUAUUCAUGGUGGCCACAUAGAAAAAAAACCAUCACUAUUUGUGGACCUGUCAAGCUCAACCAUCCUCAGCACAGUCAUCCUUGACAACUGUAUUGAUCUGGAGGGUAUCUCCUUCAGGGGAUGUGCCAAUCUCAAGAGUCUGUUUUUGAGAGGAUUUUUUCGGAGGCUUGUGGAGCUGGACAUGUCUGGUACAGCAGUGGAAACACUUGACCUCAGUGCACUGGAAGCCCGGAAAUUGAGGCGGCUAUUUCUGUUGGGAUGUGAGAAGCUCCAUGCAAUACUAUGGCCUCAGGAGAAAUCUAAGCAGAUAAAAUUGAAGGUUCUACAGAUCGACACCACCCGUGCAGCAUGGGAUAACAAGGAAGACAUGUCCAAGAAGCAAGUGAAUGGCACUGAUAACACUGUCGUGGGCUCACCGUCAGCAACAGUACUGGAUGGAAAUGUCCGAGCACUCACAGAUUUGGACUCAUACAUUUCCCUGAGGGACGCAAGGCUUUUCCGAUCGCUUCAUAAUCCCACACUUGUCAAAUCUUUAUGCUACAUUGAGAUUUCGUCUGCUCUUACUGUUAUUACUCCUACGGGUCAUAGAAACACCAGUCAUCAAGAGACUAGAAGCAGCGCAGAGGGCAUCGAACAACAAGGGUGGACCGUAGGCUUGCAGCGGCACUGGCCAGCUGGUAGCAUGUACGUCAAUGACGUAUUUGCUGCCGUUUCUAAAGGUGCAACACAAGCCGGUGGUGGUGACAAUGGAGGUGGCAUUGAUGCCCCGGAUGUGAUCACAUCAGUGUGGAAUUGUCCGCCAAUUCCUACAAAUUCUGAUUGGCCCCACUGCUACAUUAUCUUACAAGAUGAGGCACGGACCGGCACAAAGCAAGAAACUGGUGCUACUACAACAUUGCCAGGUUUCGUGGCAACGAAUGCUAUGACCUUGCACGUGCAUGACAGCUUGUCCAUCACUUGUAUCCCAGGCCCUUCGAUAGCUGCAGCGGAAGAUUUGACAUGGGAAUACAUACUAAGGUGGUGCCGGCUCGAGAGGUGCCCAAACUUACAAGGCACCAUAUUCACUGCUCCUUCACUUAGGCAAAAUCAAAUUCCCAUUUUCUAUUGUCUCGAGACAUUCUGGGCAUCCCAACUCCUAAAGGCACGCUACAUUUGGGACUGGACGGCAUCAAGGUAUCACCCCAGACUUGGUUCCUUCGAGGAUCUGGUGUUCUUGCACCUAGAUUACUGCCCCAGGCUAGUACAUGUACUCCCCUUGUACACGUCAAAUAGCCGUGGAUGUCAAAGCUUGGAAACACUUGAGAUCGUGUGUUGCGGUGACCUGAGGGAGGUGUUUCCACUAAUAAAUUCGGAAUCACAACAACAGGAACCAAGAAAAUUCGGUAACCUGAAGCGCAUCCGCCUGUACGAGCUGCCCAUGCUGCAGAGCAUCUGUGGCCGUAGAAUGUCCGCGCCCAACCUCGAGACUGUCAAGAUCAGGGGCUGUUGGAGCCUCAGGAGCCUACCGUCUGUUUGCCGUCCCAAUGGCAGUGGCAGCACGUCGUCACUGCCCACGGUGGACUGCGAGAAGGACUGGUGGGACGGCCUCGUAUGGGACGGGUUGGAGGCCAACCACCAUCCUUCCCUCUACAAGACCGCCCACUCAGCCUACUACAAGAAGACCCUGCGCAGAACCACCGUGCUCAGGUAGUAAUCCCUUCAUCAAUGGAACGCUGUCUGCAGCUUGGUCAUCUAUCGUAUCGGGCAAGAGAUGCUUGGAUUAUUUGUUUGCCUCCCUCAAGUCUUGAGCUCUGUGCGUGUGUUUGCUUGUCACUGGUCUGCCGUGUCGCUUGAUUUGGUGUGGCAUGUGGAUGCUGGCUUCGCUUGUGUGUUCUUGCAUCCACACACUGCAAUGGUUUCUGUUUGCUUUGGUGUGCUUGAGAGGAAUAAAUAAACAUGAGAUCUGCACCCUCAGCUUCAGCAGCACGUAGCGGGUGAACACAGCCGACGUGCCAACCUGCCAACUGCCAUGUGUAUCUAUGUACACCGGCAUCUAAUCCUCUUGCUGUCUUUGCUGCUGGUGCUUUGCCCUGUGUGGUGUGCUGCUUCAUACCUGAAUGUGUGUGAUUUAUUGCCAGCCAUGGAUUGACAAACUGCAUUGUUACUCCACUA